CUCAUCAAUGGAGUAGAUGCACGCCCACGGGAUCCCAGUCACGAAGGCCAGUAGGGCGUGGCUGUCCGGUUUCGGCCCCGAUCUACUAGGAAAGCAGUGCCCGGACACGGGUCAUCCAACACCUACCAGUUCAUCCAUAAUUUCAGUUCUCCAGAAGUCAGUGUACCCCUAUGAACUGCGGAGUAGUUCAUAGCAUUGAGAUCUCAGCUACGGGCGACUUCCAGAAAGACCAAUCAACCUCAGGCUACUGAACCCCAUCCAGGCAACAAUCACUUGCGAGCGGAUCAUCGAGUACUUAGUAGUAGUGAUAGUGAUAGACCCGUGUUCCACUAUGCCUUACUCUGCCGGCAGGAUCCGUUCCGUCAGUCUCUCUGUCCCUUCUUUUCCGAGACGGAUUGAUUCGAUUCUCACCAAAUGCUCCAUCAAUGGCCUUCCAGCCAGUAGUGGGAGUCUAUGCGAGUGGGUGGUGGAACCCCUCCAUACCCGUCAUACCAACAGAUUCGAGAGAUAUUGAUCGCCGUGACCUCGCAAACACAUCUAGUUCAACCGAGC